AUGCGGCGCAGUUUGGCUCCUAGUCAAAUGGGUUCCGGAGACACCGUCUUCAAGAGCCCAUUAAUAAAUAAGAGUAAUAGAAAAAAGAGGGAAUGUAAUGCAAGAAUACCACUUGCGCAGAAACCUUUGUCUCAACUCUCCACAUCUGACCACGAGAAUCUUAUUAAACAAAUUUUAAGUAAACCAUUUAAAGUUCCCCUUCCGAAUUAUGUAUCAUCGUAUUGUAGCAAAAGUUUAGGUUUAAAGAGGACUCAAGUACGUCGGCCUUUGCAUGACCCAGAUGAGCCCAAUGCACUUGUUUUAUAUCGUCCUCCAUACAUCCCUGAACAUGAAAAAAUGAAGAUGAGUGCAAAUGAUAUUAAAGUAGCAGUUGUUGUUGAUCCGGUGCUUGGUAACAUACUGAGACCACAUCAAAGGGAGGGAGUCAAGUUUAUGUACGACUGUGUAACUGGAGCUCAGAUUGAUAAUGCAUAUGGAUGUAUCAUGGCAGAUGAAAUGGGUUUAGGAAAGACAUUGCAAUGUAUAACACUGUUAUGGACUCUGUUACGACAGGGACCAGAUUGCAAGCCUACUAUAUGCAAAGCUAUAAUUGUUUGCCCCAGUAGCUUAGUGAAGAAUUGGUAUAAUGAAAUAGGGAAGUGGCUUGGACAAAGGAUUAAUGCAUUGCCUAUGGAUGGUGGUUCAAAAGCAGAAAUUACUUUGAAGCUUCAACAAUUUAUGAACACUUUUGCGGCUAUAAGAGUUGCCACACCAGUUCUCAUUAUAUCAUAUGAAACAUUUAGGAUAUAUUCUAAUAUCCUACAUUCAUCAGAAGUUGGUUUAGUGUUAUGUGAUGAGGGUCAUAGAUUGAAGAACAGUGAGAAUCAGACAUACCAAGCACUUAUGGGCUUAAAGGCUACGAGAAGAAUUCUCAUAUCAGGAACCCCUAUCCAGAAUGAUUUGACAGAGUAUUUCAGCUUGGUACACUUUGUGAAUAGUGGUAUUCUUGGUACUGCUCAAGAUUUUAAGAAGAGGUAUGAGAAUCCAAUAUUGAAAGGACAAGACGCAUUAGCUACUCCACAAGAAAGGGAAAAAGCUCAGGAGUGUCUUCAAACACUGACAUCAAUAGUCAAUAAAUGUAUGAUACGAAGAACUAGUAGUCUGCUUACAAAAUACUUACCGGUUAAGUUUGAACAAGUCAUCUGUGUGAAAAUGACACCUCUUCAAACACAGUUAUACAGGAACUUCAUUAAUUCUGAUGCUAUUAAAAAUAAGUUUGCUGGAACAGGGGACAAGAAUACUUUGAGUGCCCUUUCAAGUAUUACCAUGUUGAAGAAAUUGUGUAAUCACCCAGAUUUAGUCUACGAUAAAAUCAUGGAAAGAUCUGAAGGUUUUGAGAAAGGAAAAGACUUGUUACCAAGCAAUUACGACAUCAAGGACGUAAGGCCAGAGUAUUCUGGAAAACUAAUGAUUUUGGAUUGUAUUUUGGCUAAUUUAAAAACUAAUACUGAUGAUAAAAUUGUUCUUGUAUCAAACUACACACAGACUCUCGAUCUUUUUGAGAAAUUGUGCCGUAAACGCUGUUAUCAAUACGUGCGUUUGGAUGGCUCUAUGACUAUAAAGAAAAGAGCUAAAGUUGUAGAAAGCUUUAACAGUAAGGAGUCAAAGGAAUGGAUAUUCAUGUUAAGUUCGAAAGCUGGUGGCUGCGGAUUGAAUCUUAUUGGCGCGAAUCGACUUAUUAUGUUUGACCCAGAUUGGAAUCCCGCUAAUGACGACCAGGCCAUGGCAAGAGUAUGGCGAGAUGGUCAAAAGAAACCGUGCUACAUCUACCGUUUGUUAGCUACAGGGACCAUAGAAGAGAAGAUAUUUCAACGUCAAGCACAUAAAAAAGCUCUUAGCGAUACUGUCGUGGACCAAAAUGAGGACUCCUUACGACACUUUACGUCUGAUGAUUUGAAAGACUUGUUCCGUUUAGAAGAUAACACACUCUCAGAUACUCACAGCAAAUUUAAGUGUAAGAGAUGUGUUAACAACAUUCAAGUCACUUUGCCUCCUGAAAACUCGGACUGCACAUCAGAUCUAUCUAACUGGUAUCACUGUGCAGAUAAAAAGAAUUUAGCUGAUCUAGUAUUAAAACAGUGCUGGGAUCUCGCUAAAAGUAUUUCUUUCGUUUUCCACCAUCGAUCAGCACAAACAGAAGCAGAAAUGGGCAAAGAAGAAAAUAAGGAAAAUGUUCAACAAUGUAAAAGAAGAAAAAUUAAUAUCGAUGAAGAUUACUCUGAACCUGAUGACAGUGCUGAUGAAGAUUAUCAUUAA